GUCCAAAAUCGAACAUAGAGGUUCAACCACCCUCGUUUGUAUUGGUCCUACACACACACAAAAAGAAUAAGACUCCUUCUUUCUUGACCAGAUCCACAAGGAUACAGAAAUAGCCAUGAAACAAGGUCCCAUCCGCCCUGGCUCGCCGCUGGAUCUAUCCGAGAAGCCACUACCGAAAAGACCGGGUGGCAUGUUCUCCAAGUCAUUAAAGAAACUCUCCAUGUCGUCAUCGCUUCUUACCAACUUCAGCAACAAUACGCAUUCUGAAGAGGACCACACGGGGCCAUCUAGGAACAGUAGUACUGGUAGUGGGGGUAAUUUCUCCUCCACGGGGGCAAAUCAUGUCCCCUUUCUGGCCAUUGGGUAUGAGAAUGUACCUGCCACAAGAGAUCCGCCAAUCCAUGUCAAGUACUUACCGGACCGAGAAGACACACAUACCAAUGGUAGACGUAUAGUACUGCCCAUUGUAGAUGCCCCAGCCCUGCCCUCGUCUCCGCGAAACGUUUCAAUCGGUCUGCAAUCAUCGUACGAAAGUAAAAUGAAGGAACUUCAAAUCCAGCAACAAUUUGUACAACAGCAUCAUCAAAACUUAUACAGCAUCACUGGAGCGGGUAGUACCAGUAGUUUUAGCUCUUCCUUGGACCCGAAACGGGCCAUUGCCAUGCCUCAGCAUAAUUCAACGGCCACUGAAACCGCUGCCGUUGGGUUACAUUUGGCAGGGUAUGGUCUUUCCACCGAUGAUCUAAUGCCACCUCCGAGCCUUAAGCAGCCCAUGAUUUAUAAAAACGGGCUGCUGGCCAACGUGGGAUCUUCUACACUCCAUUCAAACCAUUCCUCGAGUUCGCUUUCAGAAGGAAGACAUAAACAGCCAAUGAUUACCAUGAGGAAAAAAUCCACCAGUUCCACCUCAAGCUCACGUAGUAAUAGUAGCAUAUCUCAAAUGGGAUCUUCUCAACAGCAGCAGACACAGACCAUGCCUGGUUCAGAAGUGGUGGACUCCCUAUUUGAAAGACUUCUUUCCUUGAGAAUCUUCACCGAUGGAGCGCUUAAAACCCUUCGAGAACAACCAACAAAACGGAAAUGGGAACUUCUUCUCAGUGAAAAUGAAAUAAAUUCCAACUUUGACUUGAGAAAUCUUAGUAGGCAGACUGAAACACGACAUCUGGAUCGUAUUGUAUCUAAUUCCAGCACUUCAUCCAUCCCACCACCUCCACUCCCUCCCAAACCUUCCAAAAGGACUUUAGCAAGGAAGGAAACACCACCCAUGGGCCCACCAUUAGGAUUCCCAAGUAGUAAUUCCUCGAGAAAACCAUCCUCGGAUGAUGGCCCUGCAUCUUCCCAGCCAAUUCUAACUACGGUAACAAACCUUGAUCUUAUGUCUGGUGUUAACGCCAUCACUCCCAGUUUCUCUAAAAAGACAAAACUCUCUGUCGGUCUGCCCGAAUGGUUUGUAUCACGUCUCAUGUCUAACAAACUUACCAGUAAGGAGUACAGGAAACUUGAGAAAAAACUUGUUAAAAACUCAAUUUCAUCCAAGACAGGACAUACUUGGAUCCGUAGCUUCAAUGAUGCGCAAGGUGAAACUGCACUUUCAGUGAUUCUUGCUAGAAUCAAUAAGAAAAGUAUUAAAUCCAACGAUGAAUUUGAAAAAGAAUAUGCCAUUGUCAGAUGUUUAAAGAACAUUUUAAAUGCAGAAAUGGACGGAGAAGUCAUGACUGAUGUUGAGAGUGUUGAUACUAAUGCCCUGACAAAAAAUAAACCACAUGUCAUCAAGGCAAUCAUAUUUUCUCUUAUAUCACCAAGAUUGGCAACCAAGAUUCUUGUAACUGAAGUCCUCAUUUUCCUCUCCUACUAUAAAAACAAUGAGUUUCUCCCCACGAUAUUGGAUGGACUUGGUGGACUUCAGGACUUGCUAGGAGACUUUGUUCGAUUCCAACCGUGGCUUAACUCUGUAGAACAGUCCUUGAACAAGUCGUUCACAGCAAGCAAUCGUUUGGAUAAUGACGAGAACCUCAAGAACUACCUGUUAAUGACACUACUCUUGAUUAAUGCUAUUAUGGUGGGAACUUCUUCACUCCAGCUGAGAAUAUCAUUACGUAGAGAAUUCACUGAUUCGAGGAUUUUCAAUAUCUUUGAUAAACUCAAAGUUCUUGAAGAUAAAAGAUUGAAUGAAGAAAUUGACAAGUACGAAUUAUUUGCAGAAGAAGAUUAUGCUGAAUUUGUCAAUAUAGGCGAUAUGACAAGUACGCUUAGCCAUCCAGCGAGCAGAGGACUGUUUGCAAAUAUUGAUGAUCUUUUCAUGGAGUUGAAGAAGUUGUACGGAGUUGAUCCUGAAGGUGAAGACGUUGAAGAUGGUUCUCCAGAGCUUCAACUUCGAGCCAUAUUACACAAGCUAGUUGCCCUUAAGGAAGGUGGGAGACCUGAAAGUGAUAUAAAUCAACUCUUGGUUCUCAUAAAUUCCGUGCUUCAACACAUUAUUUCUGGAUCAACCAUGAUUGGGUCAGAUGCGGGAAAUGUGCUUAACAUUUCAAUUCAAAGGCUCAUGGAUAGGCUUAAUACUGACGAUACCGCAAGACGUGCCAUCCUAGAAGCCAGGGAGACAAAAACAGCCCUUCAGAAAUUGGAAGAAGAGAAAAGGGCGUUGGAAGUGGAACUUAGCUUUGGAUCUACUGGUCUUAUUUCUAAUCUCAAAAAGGAAAUUCUGUUAGGUGCAACUAAGAUUGUGGCACAACUGAAACAAAUUUCUUUGUUACAAUAUCAAAUUCGUUUGUUAGAAGAAGAUAAAAUUAAAAUGCAAAAAUUGGUCGACAAAGAUACUUCAAAGGGUACUUCUGCAUUGGGUGCAGGGAGUGCAUCGGGUAGCUCUAUAAACAGUCCGGUUUUAAGUCCCGAGACAAUUGCAGAGAGUCCUAAGGUCAUUACACACGAAUUGGAACUUGUCUACUCGGCCAAGCUGAGAGAAAUGGAACAAAGGUCUCGUAGUGCUACGUUGAAUUCUGUAGCACCGCGCACCUUGGCUCCACCAAGGAAUGAUAAUGCCACCUUUGCAGAUUUGAAGGAUGAAGAUCUGGCACAUAUGUUCUCCGUUCCACGGCCGCCAACUCCACCACCUGUGUUGAAUACAGUUGAACGCAUUGGAAGUCAUCAAGAUCCUCGUUACUCUGACACAUCAGGAAAGUUUUCUAGCUUUACGGAUUCCGCUCAUAACGUCGAUAGUGCUCGUUCUGAGGGUGUUAAUGGUGAAAGUGUCAACUCAUCGGUAAAAGCCCAAAUUCCUAAAGUUUCGUCUCACCAACAAAACUAUUCAAAGGUAACAUUGCGUGAUAACUCAGGUGCUACUUCCGAUUCUACAGUUCCAAAUUCAUCUUCUAACUUCACAUCUGAAAAAAGGGACAGUGGUGACGAUGCUCUGGUUAUGAAUAAAGAAAACGUUGGUGCUCAAGUUCCUACGCCGGUAUCAGUAGACAUAUCUGCUGGCGUCAGACCAUCAGCACUUGUUAGCUCGCCUAAUGUGAUUAGAAGUCGUCAAACGCUCGAUGGUUCCAAUGGUUCUCUUGCUGAAGUUUCAACUGCUCCUCCACCUCCGCCACCUCCGCCCCUUCCAUCUAUGUUUAAAGAUACCCAAAUGGUAAGAUCUGGUGCCCCACCACCUCCACCUCCACCAAUUCCUUCUAUGUUCGGUGGUGUACAACAUAACUUUGGAACACCCUCACCUCCUCCACCUCCACCGCUCCCAUCAAUGUUUGAUGGAGUUCAAAAAAUGUCGGGGCCACCACCUCCUCCCCCACCUUCGCUUCCUGGUAUGUUUGCUGGUACUUCAGCUCCCCCUCCCCCACCGCCACCACCACUUCCUCCUAUGCUUUCUGGUCCCAUAUCUGCACCACCACCUCCUCCUCCUCCUCCUCCACCUCCACUUCCAAUGAUGCUUUCUGGUUCCACCUCUUCAUUGAUCCCACCUCCUCCGCCACCACCACCGCCACCACCUGCUCUCCUGAAUAGCAAUUCUGUCACAUUUUCUCCAAUGUCUCCUUCUACUUCUGGGUUCAACCUGGAAAGCAGAAUUCCUUCAUUUGCCAACCUUCAAAAAUCCUCCACUGAUUCUCAACUUGAUGAUCUUCAACUUGUUCGUCCAAAGGCAAAACUUAAGCAAAUGCAUUGGGAUCGAAUUGAGGAUAUUGAUAAGACUUUCUGGUCUGAUCUUAAGCAUGAGCAGCUUUCAGACCAACUUCUUGAGAAGGGGAUUCUUGGAGAAGUUGAAAAAGUAUUUGUGGCUAAAGCAUCCGUUGUUAAAUUGAAAAAUACUGAUAAAUCAGUAGCAGUCAAUAAAAAGCCAAAGAAGGUUUCCUUCUUGUCUCGUGACUUGGCUCAACAAUUUGGAAUCAAUUUACAUAUGUUUGCCUCUCUUUCUGAGCAGCAACUUAUUUUGAAAGUAUUGGGGUGUGAGAAGGAUAUCUUGGGUAACAUCAGUGUUUUAGAAUUCUUUAAUAGUGAUGCAUUAUCGGAGAUGAGUGAUUCUAUCGUAAGAAACUUCCAACCAUAUUCGCUGGACUUCACAAUGGUACCACCAAGAUUGCCCAGACAACUGCCUGAUGAAUUAGAAAGACCUGAUAGAUUGUUUUUGGAGCUACCAUUCAAUCUUCGUCAUUAUUGGAAGAGUAGAUCAAGAGCUCUUCUUCUAAUGCAAACGUACCUGAAGGAUUACAUGGAUUUAUUAAAGAAAUUACAAGUUGUUGAUGAAGCUAAUAAAUCUAUCAAAAAUUCUGAUAGUUUAAAGAAUGUAUUGGGUAUAAUUCGAUCAGUUGGGAAUUUUAUGAAUGAUUUUUCCAAACAGGCCAUGGGGUUUAAGCUUGAUACACUUCAAAGAUUGAAGUUUAUGAAGGAUGAAUCAAAUACAAUGACUUUCUUACAUUAUAUUGAACGAGUGAUUAGAAACACAUUUCCUGAAUAUGGUUCAUUUGUGGAUGAAUUGGCACUGUUACAUCAUAUCAACAAUGUUUCCAUUGAACAAAUAGAAAAUGAUUGUUUUGAUUAUGAACGAAUUAUCAAUAAUGUGAGUAGUUCAAUGACCAAGGGUAAUUUGAGUGAUCCCCUGAAGCUUCAUCCUGAUGACAAGAUCAUGGCAACUGUUCUGGGUCCAUUAGAAAAUGCUAGGAUUAAAAACUCCUUGUUACAAUCACAUUUGAAGAGAACUAUUGAUGAACAUACUUCAUUGAUGGCAGUCUUUGGAGAAAAUUCCAAGGAUUCUAAUGCUAGAAAUAGUUUUUUCACUAAAUUUCUGGGAUUUGUAACUGAAUUUAAGAAGGCACAUAUUGAAAAUAUUCAACGAGAAGAGGAGCAAAAGGCAUACGAAGCUAGAAAGAAAAUGAUCGAAGAGUCACGAACGAAUAUAAAGAGAAGAAAGGAAGCAGCCAAUAAUAGUGUGAAUUCCAAGAAGAAAGAUACUACGAAGACUUCGAAAUCAACUGCAACCCUUCCAAAUAAUAACGAUACCAAUUACGAAAGUAAUACUAAUAAUAAUAAUGAUGAUGAUGAUAAUGCUAACAAUAAUAUAAAUAAUGAUGAUGAAGAAGAUGAAGAAGAUGACGAUGAUGAAGAAGACGAAGAUGAGCAUGAUGAUGAUGAUGACGACGAAGAUGACGACGAAGACGACUCUGGCGAGUUUUCAAAGGCAAAUACUAGUCGGGCAUCUAAUGCAGACGCUGCCGGUGAAAACUCUUCUAGCGCGGUGAUAGACACUUUACUUGAAAAGCUCAAGUCUAGUGCACCAUCCACGUCUGGGUCAACGAGAGAAAGAACUGCUCGUAAUAGAAGAAGCAAGGCGCUUUCCUUCUAUUCAUCAAUGAAUCUCGAAAAUUUACUUGAACAACAAGCUACUGGUGGUCUGGUUUUCGAUGGUGUAACAAACGAGUACGAAAGUGUCAGCCAGUUGAAAAGCCGUAUGUCCACGAGACGUAAGCAGCCUCUUGAGGAAGUGUCACUGGCAGACCAAACAUUGAUGAGAACCAGAGCCAUGUUAAACCAGCUUAGAAGUGAGUAGAUCUACAUAUAGAAAGAGAGAGAU